AUGAUUAGGAUAAAGAGUUGUUGGUAUUCAUUAUAGAAAAAUGAUUUCUCCCUAAAAUUGAACAAUUUGUUCAAAAUGGCAACUGAAGAGGAAAUACAAUCCUUUCUCUCCUCUCCCUUGGUUCGGUGGACUUCAAGUCUGCUGCCAGGAGGGGAUGAUUUGUCAUGGCAACUCCUGGCAAAGGGGGUAACUCUGGCUACACUCCUGGAGGGGUUAGAUGCAAGUUUUCAGAUCGCAGUUGAUUCUGAUCCUAUUGAUACUGCGGCCAGAGCAAGAAAUAUUCUUCUCAUUCUUAAAAGUAUCAAAUACUUCUAUAAGGAGAUAUUGGGUCAACUGCUCUUAAUAUCCCUACCUGCCCCUAGGGACCUUUCUCAGAUUCCACCGAGUACCAACUCUCUGGCAAGCAUGGAGACCCUUCUUCUUCUAGUUCUAGGGGUGGCUGUACAAUCUGAACAGAAACAGGAGGUGAUCAUCACUAUAAAGAAUCUCCCCCUGGAGACCCAGCAUGAGAUAGUUGACAGGAUUCGAGCAAUUACUGAUAAUCCUAACCUUGUUUUAUCCAGAGAAUUAAGUAAUCCUGAAGGACUAGCUGAGGAUCAACGGGAUCAAAUGUACUGUUUACUCAUAGAGCACGCUAAAAGGUUGGUUUAUGAGAGGGAUGAGUUGAGUGAGGAUCUAUCUUCUACCAGACUUGAACUAGAUUCAAGGAUUACAAUCCAGGGGUCAGAGUCUUCUCCAGUCACAACAGGAUUCCAAUGCAACGACGAUAACACUAAUUAUAACGGUACCAGAGAUCAUGACAUUACUAAGAAUGAUACCAGCGAUGAUAACUCUAAUAAUAAUGAUACUAGGGAUGAGCUUGACAUGGUUCGAGAGAGAGCUGAGAAGGUUGAGAAGCUUGAGGCUGAGAUAAUGCGCUACAAGGACAAGAUGAAUGAUAUUGAAUUCUUCAAGUCCAGAGUAGAAGAACUCAGAGAAGAUAAUAGAAUACUGGUAGAAACUAAGGAGAUGCUUGAAGAGCAGUUAGGGAGCAGCAGGAAACGGUGUGAAGCUGUUCUAGGACUAGAGAAUGAUAUAAUUAAAUUUAAGGGGGAUAUAGAGAGACUGCAGCAGGAACGGGAUACAGACAGGAACAGAAUAAAGGAACUUAUUGAGGAGAAUUCAACGCUAUCAUUCAGUCACAAAACGAGUAUGAGUGAAUCCCAAUCCCUGUUGGCUGAGAUGGAUGCUCUCAAAGGGGUUCAAGGGAAGGAACUUAAUAUUCUUUCAGAACAGUUGGGUAAAGAUGCUGUGUCUAGGGUUCAUCGUUUAGAACUAGAAAACAAACAUCUUAAACAGGAACUUGAGAACUAUAGAUCUGUAUUUUCCAAAAAGGAAAGGGAAGUUGUUUCUGAAAUGGAACAGGAGAUGAGAAAAUCUGCUAUGACUGUUUCGAGAUUAGAAGAACAAGCUAAAAAGGACUCUCAGACCAUACUGGAUACGGAACAGGAAUUGGCGAAAGUGCAGCAGGAGCAUCGCUCUGUGGAAGCUACCCUGGAAACCUUGAAUGAGCAGUUUAAGCUGCUCCAAAUAGAACGGGACACUGAGGUUGAUGCUCUUUCCAAACAGGUGAACUCGUUGUCUGCCCGGGCAGCUAGCUCUGAGACCCAGCAGCUGGUCAGUCUGCAGGAGGAGAAUAGGAAACUUGUCGCAGAGAGAACAGUGCUACAAACACAGGUGAGUAAAUCUAACCUGGAGAAGGACAGGUUUACCAGAAAUCUGGAUCAGCUUAAGGAGAAAGUUUCAACCCUGGAGGAAACUGAGCAGAUUAAGAACAAACUGGAGAGAGAAACUCAACACUUGUCCCAGGAGUUGGAGAAAUAUACUGGGAUACAGGAACAGUAUGAUAACAUGACAGAGCAGUUGAACUCCUUGAACCUGAAGAUCAGAGAACAGACAGAAAGACAAGAAGAAUUACAAACAGAAAACAUGAAACUAAGAGUGGAGAACCAGAAACUCAAUAGAAGAGUUGAAAGUAUAAGGAAUGAAAACCAGAGUAUUGCAGACAUUGAACAGGAGAAGGACGGGUUGAAGCAGACUAUAGGACAGCUGCGAACCACCAUCACAACCCUACAGAAGGGACAGACGAAACAGGACGAGCUGGAGUUGAAAUUGAUGACGAGUACCAACGAAAAUACUAAACUUCAGAGACAGCUGGAUACACUUAACAGGAAAUUUGAAGAACAAUCUCUGGAAAAUACUGAAAUAGAAACAGAGAAUAAGAAGAUGCAGAAGACGAUAGAAACAUUGAAAGUUACAGUUCGAAGAGUGAAUCAGCUUGAAACAGAAAACCUAGAUCUAGAAGGGAAAACUCACAAGGUUGAGCGGGAAAACAAGAGUUUAAUGCGCGAGAUAGAACGACUAAAGCAGGCGGUUGAGGUUAAAGAUCUAAGCUUGGAUAAUUCCUCUGCAAAAUUGGCGCAGAUAGAAAGAGAGUUGGAAAAGGUUCGACAAGAGAAAGAUUCGACGGAGUUAAACGAGGCUAAGAUUCAAGAACUGGAGGCUAGCAAUGCCGACCUCAGCUCACAGUGUCUAGCAGACAAGAAGGCACUUCUUGACCUCAGAGAAGAACUUGUCAAGGAGAAAAUGGCAGCUGACCAGCUGGUUUCUAAGCUAGAGCAGGUCAAUCAGCAGCUUCGUUUUAUAGGAGAUGCUAAGGCGGAGGAACAUGAAAUUACUGAAGUAGUUGUCAAGGAACGGGUUCAGAUGCUCCGUGGAGAAAACAGAGUCAGCGUUCUCCAAGCUGAACGUGACCAGCUGAGCAGUGAGCUAGCUCGCCUGCGCGUAGCUGCUGUUGGCAGCGAGGACAAGGAAGUCGCUUGGUCUAAACAGGUGUCAGGGCUACAGGAAGAUCUGGUCAACCUAAGCAAGGAAAAGGCUGGCCUUCAGGUUGAGAACCGAACCUUGCAGUCCCAAUCUUCUAGUUUACUAGAUCAGAUAAAUAAUCUUCAAGCUGAGUAUUCAAGGCUAGAGAUGGAUCUAACCAAGGCAACAAAACAGGUAGGCCAGCCAAAUAUAUAUGUAUCUUUCCGGAUCCACAAAAUAUACUUGGAUCAACCAAAAAAAAAAAAAAAUAUAUUUGGAUUCACGGACCCUAGUCAAGUUGCAAAAUAUCAACCAAAAUAUACAAAAUAUAUUUGGAUUCACGGACCCUAGUCAAGUUGCAAAAUAUCAACCAAAAUAUACAAAAUAUA